AUGUUCCGCGCGACGAAGCUCGCCUGGCUGACGGAGCACAUAUCUUGGCCGAAAUGGGUUCCCAUGCUGUCGUGGAUCACCGGCUGGAUCAACGUCGCAGGAUGGGUAGGCGGCAACCUUGCGAAUGGUCCGCUCCUCUCUCCCGUCCAUUGCUCAUUCUCGACAGAUGGCCCUCGUGGCCACCAGUGCCUUGCUCUCGAGCCAGCUCGUUGCUGGUGUCAUCUCCGUGCUCCAUCCGGUUUGCAACCCCGCCAAAGUAUGCCCUUCGCUUCAUGGCUCACACAUCCCCAGGGGUACGAGCCGCAGAGGUGGCAUCGGUUUCUGAUAUAUGUUGGCCUGACGCUGCUUUCGUUUCUAACAAACGCCUUUAUGAAUUCGCUUCUGCCCCUAGUCUAUCGGGGCGCCCUCAUCUGGUCCCUCGGCGGCUUUGCCUUGGUCUCCAUUACCGUCCUGGCCCGUGCCGCGCCCAACUACAGCUCGGCCUAUUUCGUCUUUUGCCACUUCAUCAAUCGGACUGGCUGUGCGUGUCUCCCGUCGGACACCCUUGUCUUUGCUGACAACGUCUGCCAGGGCCCGAUGGCGUUGCCUGGCUGCUCGGGGUACGCAACUCUCGCGUCGUCCUCUCUCGUCGGCUGGGCUGACGGCAUCCCCAAGCUCCUCCAAGGCGGCCUGGAAAUCCCCAACGCAUCCGUCCAAGGACCCAAGAUCAUGAUCGUCUGUGUCGCCAUCGGAACAGUCACCGGCGUCAUCUUCUUGAUAGUCUUGCUAUUCGUGUCUGGAAACAUCGAAGAGGUCAUCGACUCGACGGCUGGCCCGCUCCUGCAGAUAUUGAUUCAUGCCACGCGGAGCAACGUAGGCGCCAUCUGUCUCUUGAUGCUGCCCCUGGUCUGUCUCUUGUUUGCGACUCUGAGCGUCAUGACGACGAGCAGCCGCAUGAUCUUUGCCUUUGCCAGGUGGGUUUUCGAAUGCGCUUCGGAUGGAGCAGCCAUCGAGGAGCUGACGGACAGCAGAGAUGGAGGUCUUCCGGCCUCGCGCUUCCUCGCCAGGAUCCACCCGAGACUUGGCCUGCCGCUGAAUGCACUCAUCCUCACUUCCGUCGUCACCGUGCUCUUUGGUCUUAUUUUCAUAGGCUCGACCAGCGCGUUCAACGCCAUCAUCUCUGCGUCCGUCGUUGCGCUGGACCUGUCCUAUGCGAUGCCCAUUGCCGUCAACUGCUUGCGAGGACGCACCGCUCUGCCGGAACGAUCAUGGGUUUUGCCCGGCUGGCUCGGGUGGACCGCCGACACCAUCUCGCUUGUCUACAUUUCCCUGACGACUGUUCUUUUUCUAUUCCCCCCCGUGCUGCCUGUCACCGGGACGAACAUGAACUACUGCAUUGUUGCCUUCGCCCUCAUCAUCGCCAUCUCCAUUGCUCAGUGGAUCGUGGACGGCAAAAAGAACUUUUCGGGCCCGAGAAUCAACGUCAUCCGCGAGCCGGAACAAACUCAACACAGGAAGUAA